AUGCCUUCGAAACCAGAGAUUUCCCAACCUGAUUCGAUACGGGGCGAUGUGACGUUGGACCCUUUCCAAUUGGAUUCCUUGCGCCCUUUGUUGGAGGAACAUGAGCUCCAGAUCAAGGCUCAUUUCGAUGAGAAGAUGGAGCAGCUUUCGAGGAUGCUGAGCCACAGCUUUGGCAUCCUGGUGGGGUCGGGCGGACGCGCACGUCCGGACUUCGACCACGACCUCCCGGUGCACCGCGUCGCGUCGUCGGGGCCGUCGGGCCGGCGCACGUCCACCGGUGGCGCCCUGAGCGUCUCGUUGGGACCCGAAGCCGAGCUUGGGCUGAAGGCAGGCGUGGCACCUCAUUUGGUUCAACUCAUCGAGAGAGUAAAGGCCAGUCAUGAGGUCAAAGCUCCCAUUUUCUCCAGCACUCGGUCUUUGUCGAGAAGGAAUGCCGUAGAGUUGUGCCGUUCCUUUAUGGGACUUUAUGAGUAUUUGGUGGAUUUCAUGGUGCUGGUCUAUGCACUUUGCUUAGGUGCUGAGAUCCACUACACGAGUCUCAAUCGAUCCGAGCCAGCGUGGGUUCGGCCGAUGGAAAUUGGCUUUUGCGUCAUGUUCGGUGUGGAUUUGCUGAUUCGGUUUUGCCUUGAAGGACGACUCUUCUUCAUGGGAAGCCGACGUUGGUGGAAUUUGCUGGAUACGCUCUCCCUCACGAUGCUCAUCGUGGCCUUGCUCGAAGGUUCACGGACCUUGGGGAACUUAUCAGCCUUCGUUCGGGUGGGACGAAUCCUUCGACUGGCACGUUGCUUGUGGACCUUUAAGAAUGCCUUGGCCAAGUGGACUCAUCUUAGACAGCUCCGUGUGCUGAUCACCUCCAUGACAGAAAGUACCAAAAUCAUGAUUUGGCUGGUCUUGCUGGUGCUCAGCUUCAACUAUGUCUAUGGCUUAGUCCUCACUGAAAGCAUCUGGACAAGCUGCCCCAACGUUCACACGCCCGUGUUGUGCGAGAAAUUUGGCAGCUUGCUCUCAACAAUGAUGACUUUGUACCAAAUUCAGUACAGUGGAUUGCUUUGGGGUACUCUUUGGGAUGAGGUUGCUGCGUUGGACUGGUACUUUCCUGCUGCGUUUCUGUCAUACAUUGUUUUUGCCUUGAUGAUCUUGGUGAACACCAUCACCAGCUUCAUUUGCAGCCUUCAAGGCACUGUGAGCAAGAGAGAGCGAGAUCUUUUGAUCGACAAUGAGAUGGAGUACAAUGAACGCCUGGUUCGGCAACUCUACACCAUCUUCCAAGACUUUGACCAAAAUGGCAAUGGUGCAAUCUCUUGGGCCGAAUUCCAAUUGGCUUUGGAAGACGAGCGCAUGCAUGCCUUCCUGGCUGCCUUGGAAUUGGACAUGUCUGAUGCCGUGAAGGUGUUUCAAAUCCUGGCAUCUGACAAGACUGGGGCGAUAGAAGAGUCCGAUUUUCUCUUGGGCUGCUUGCGGCUCCGGGGAGGAGCCACGGCUGUAGAUAUGGUCCGAAUACAGAUGGAGCAAGAAUGGAUUCACAGCGCCCUGUUGCAGAUGAAAGGCUUGAUGCAAAAAAACCGCCAAAGAUCUCGCUGCGGUGCAGUUCACUUUGGCAGCUCAGGAGAGUGUGCGGCCGACCAGUCAUUUCUCGCGGCAGAAGACGUCUGUGGUUGCUGA